UAGUACCCCCUCACGAUGAACUGGAUACUGGCAGUCACAAUUUUAGCAUCAGUGUUGCCACUUUUCACGACUGCUGCCCCCUGUUGUUGCUGCUGCUGCGGAGGAGGAGACGAAGACUCCAGCGCCGGUUCCGUUUCCGGUCCGGUGGACUCGGCCGGUCGCCAGCGAAGUGCCUUUGGAUGGCUGCUAAAGGCGGGCAAAUUCCUCCUCGGAGGAGGAGCCAAGAAGGGCAUAAAAGGUAGCGCAAAGGCGAUCAAACAAGGUGGCAAACAAAUUGGUGAUGUUGCUGCCAAAUUUGCCGCGGAAUUUGCUGAUACGGAACCCGCGAAAAAUGAGGUGGAAAAAGCUUUGAAUGCCGGGGGAGAAGGAGAAGCAGAAGAAGCUGGGGAAGGUGGAGCAGAAGGAGGAGAAGAAGGAGUGACAGAAGGAGGAGAAGUUGCAGAAGAAAAAGCAGAAGGAGGAGAAGAAGUAGCAGAAGGAGCAGAAGGUGAAACCGAAGCAGAGCAAGAAGAAACCACUGAGCUUGCCUGAAGAUUUACCAGAACUGUUAAAAGGGGGAAGCCUUAGCAUGGGAUUCAAAGAUGAAACUUCAAUGAAAAAUCGCAUCAAGUUCAAACUUCAAGGUUAAGUUAGUGAUUUAAAAUAAGUCAA